AUGUCUUCCCCUCACCCCUCCGCCGAGUCCCAAGAGAAAUGGCCUCGGGAUGCACGUCGCGUGUCGCACGAUACUGAUUCCAUCGCAGAGACCGUCUCUUCAGUGAAUACUCAAGCCGACAAUGAUGAUAUUGGCAAGACACUGACGGCGCGUACGUCCCGGGUGUCGGAUCAUAUGUCGCUGGCGGAACGAGUGACAAAUAUCCCGACGAACGCGACAGCGGAUCCUACUUACGAGGUUGAUUGGGAUGGAGAGGACGAUCCUACAAACCCCAAAAACUGGCCGUUGAAGUACAAGGCUAUGGCAUUGGUGUUCUUGUCAUGGAAUACAACGACUGUUGUGCUAUAUUCGACCUCGUAUACUUCGGGCAUGACUCAGAUCGGAACUGAAUUCGGCAAAUCGGAGACACUCGUGACGCUGGGGCUUACUUUCUACCUCUUUGGUCUGGCCAUCGGGUCUAUGUUCAUGGCGCCUUUGAGUGAGGUCUAUGGCCGGAAGCCCGUUUGUGUCUUGUGUUUAGCUCUCUUCACGGUCUUGAUCAUUCCCUGCGCGCUCGGUACCUCGGUCACGGAAUUAAUUGUAGUCCGUUUCAUCGGUGCUUUCUUCGGCAGUGUCAUGAUCUCCACUGCGCCGGGUAUGGUGGCGGAUCUGGUGGAUGAUGAGCAUCGUGCGCUGGCUAUUUCGAUUUGGAGUAUCGGCCCACUAAAUGGGCCAGUUCUGGGCCCUGUGAUCGGAGGCUUCGUCACGCAAUAUCUCGGCUGGCGCUGGAUGUGCUGGAUUGCAUUGCUGCUCUCUGCUGUGGCCUUGGCCUUCGCAUUGAUUCUCAAGGAGACGUAUGCUCCGACGUUGCUGCAGAAGAAGGCUGCCAGGCUGCGCAAGGAGACCGAUGAUUCGCGCUGGUGGUCUCGCUACGACCAAAAGGCCAGCCUUUCUGAGAUCCUCAAGCUAAACCUGAGUCGACCGUUCGUGAUGGCUGUUACUGAGCCCAUCUGCAUCUUCUGGAACAUCUACAUUGCCAUCGUCUACGGCAUCCUCUACCUGUGUUUCGUUGCCUACCCAAUCGUCUUUGAAGAUAUUCGAGGUUGGGGCCUUGGUCUAUCCGGUCUUGCUUUCAUGGGAAUCGGGAUCGGCGUGAUUCUCACGAUCGCGAGCGAACCACUUGUGCGCCGCCUCAUCAACCGCCACAAGAUCGACCCAGAGACGGGUCACGUGUACCCUGAAGCUAUGGUCUCUUUCGUCUGCAUUUGCUCUCUCUUAAUCCCCGUUGGUGAGCUCUGGUUCGCCUGGACCUGUUCUCCUGCCUCAAUUCACUGGAUCGUGCCGCUGCUGGCAGGUAUCCCGUUCGGCGCGGGAAACACGGGUGUGUUCAUUUAUGCGUCUAAUUAUCUCACUGGCAGCUACGGUAUGUACGCUGCUUCCGCUUUAGCAGGCAAUUCCGUCAUCCGUAGCGUUCUGGGUGGUGUGCUUCCGCUGGCCGGAUCAUACAUGUAUGACAGUCUCGGCCCGAACUGGUCUGGUACGCUGCUGGGACUACUCGAGGUGAUUAUUGUGCCCAUUCCGUUCGUGUUCUAUAAGUACGGGCAUAGAAUCCGCCAGAAGAGUGACCUCAUUCAACGCAUGCAGGAGGACAAGAAGAAGUUAGAGGGCAAGAGGGCACGUAGAGUGCCCAGGCAGGCUGUUGCUCUGAACGAUGAGGAGAAGCUGAAUGACGCUAAAUGA